CGCAUCGUCGGACACCCUCCAAAGUCCAAACCCUCUCCCCGCCGCAUCGCCGCCGCCGGAAGCGCCUCCCUCGAUCCAGAUCCAGGAGAUAUGCCUCGCAAUGAUGAUCGCUAUGGGAAUACACGCUUGUAUGUUGGAAGAUUGUCUCCCCGCACCCGUUCUCGUGACCUAGAAUACCUUUUCAGCAAAUAUGGGAGGUAAGCAUCACAUUAUAUGCACAUAGAACUAUUCUGAAACUCAGAGUGUGCUGGCGUGCUGCUUUUUGUUAUGUGGUCGGACACCAGUUAUGCUCUACUACCUCCGUUUUUAUAUAUUUGACGCCAUACAAUUCCACUUUUACAUGCCGACGUCAAAUAAAAAUGAACGGAGGGAGUAGUAUAUAUCAUGAGCACGUGAUGUUAACUCUGCAUGGUUAAAUUUUGUGGUACACAACUACACAUCAAUCCAGAUAUAAAAUACAAUAGCAAGCUAGGGGCUUUCCUAUCGUGUUCAAAAAAAACUCGACCUGUGGGGGUAAGACCGUCUGUACAAUAUUAUAUUAAGAAGACCUUCUCACACAGGUCAAGAAGACCUUCCACGCAGGUCGAGAAAACCUCUAAACUCCUGCCCCACCACCCCCACCCAUACACAAUGGCACCGUAGCCCAAGUGAGAACGACCGGGCCAGGCCUGUGCUUUGGCUUGGGACAGGCGAGGGGAUGUUUUAACUUUUAACCACAGCCUGAAAAUUCGCUCCCACGGGGAGUCAAACCUAGAACCUGACAAGUGCUACUCAGACCACCUAACCAACUCGCCUGUUCAUAAUAGGUAGUUUAUGAAGGUGUUGGGUUUUGUGAUGCUUGACAUCAUUUUGAGGUUUUUGUGGAUGGGGUCAUACAAGUCUUCUGAUUUUAUUGGUGUAUGUUCUGUUACAUCACUAAGCACAAAAUAAAUGUUUGACCUGGGCCUAUUUGACUUGAAUGAUCUUGUUGAAGGUUUUUCGGUUUUUUACACAACCAUGGAGGUGUGGUGGAAGGGUGCCCUUGAUGGAAUUGGUGGCCAUAGUUCCAAUGUUUGUGGAGGACUUUGGUGAAGGGCGCCCUUGGUGUAAUCUUAUUGACUGUUGUAGAUGAUGAAGUUGCAAGUUAAUGUAUUUGAGUACUUCGACUCACGUCAGCUUAUUGUUUGUGGCAACCAUUUCCGCAGAAUUCGAGAAGUGGAGUUGAAGCGUGACUAUGCAUUCAUUGAAUUCAGUGACCCCCGUGAUGCUGAUGAUGCACAGUACAACCUAGAUGGCAGGGACGUCGAUGGAAGCCGCAUUAUUGUUGAAUUUGCUAAAGGGGUUCCUCGUGGUUCUGGUGGUUCACGUGAUUACAACGGAAGAGGACCUCCACCAGGAACAGGCCGUUGUUUUAACUGUGGAGUUGAUGGUCACUGGGCAAGAGACUGUCAGGCUGGUGACUGGAAGAACAAAUGCUACCGUUGUGGCGAAAGGGGCCAUAUAGAAAGAAAUUGCCAGAACAGUCCAAGGAACCUCAGGCGUGAGAGAAGCUAUUCACGGUCUCCAUCCCCACGCCGAGGACGGGGCCGCAGCCGGAGCUACAGCAGAAGCCGGAGCUAUAGCCGAUCCAGAUCCCCGUCUGGAUCUCCUAGGGGUGGACGCCGAGACCGUGAUGAGAGGAGAUCAAGGAGUCUUAGCUACAGCAGGAGCGCAAGCCCUAGGCGUUCUGUGUCACCUGUAAAGGAAAAGGAGCGCAGCCGCACACCUGAUGGCAGUAGGAGCCCCAGCCCAAGGGACAAGGUGAGCCCACCACCAAAGGAUAAUGGUGCCCACAAUGGCUCGGACCGUGAAGACAGCCCUGGGGGCAGGGAGAUGAGCAAGAGGAGUCGGAGCCCGUCUGAUGGCUACCGUAGCCCUGUGGGCAAUGGGCGCAGCCCGAGCCGUAGCCCAAGCCCCAAGGUCAACAAUGGUGAUGACCCAAGCCCCAAGGGCAACAAUGGUGACGACCCAAGCCCCAAGGGCAACAAUGGUGAUGACGAGCACCGCGGUUCACCAAGAGGAAGUCAGUCCCCCUGAACUGAAAAACUCCCCGUGCAAUUUGGGGAGCAGUGUGCCUGAUUUGAGAAAACAAACUGUAUUUUGCCAUUUCUCAGACUUGUGAUCUUUUUGAGCAAGAAAACUCGGUGUAAGAAUUUGUUGCCCUCGGGUGUAAGACAGAUUUGUGGUAUUUGAGCUUUUCAUCCUGCC